GAGGUCCUAGGACGCAAAUGAAUAAAGGGCUGUUUGGGUUCAUCCCAAUAGACAGCGGAUAUUUUUGGAAUCGACUUCAACUCGAUUCCAAAGGUUGGGAAUUGAUGGAGUCGAUUGCAAGAGUCGAUUCCUCUCAAAAGCCCGUGCUUCAUGGAUAUUUCAGAAGUUCUUGCUCAUGGAGAGUGCGGAUUGCUUUUGCCCUGAAGGGUAUUGAAUAUGAUCAAGUACCAGUCAACCUUGUCAAGGAUGGAGGCCAACAGCUCACAGAUCAGUAUAAAACAGUCAACCCAAUGCAGCAAGUGCCUGCUGUCACCAUUGAUGGCAUCACCUUGUCUCAGUCACUGGCUAUCAUCCAGUACAUUGACGAAACUCGGCCCGGGCCUCGUCUCCUCCCUGCUGACCCACAGCAGCGAGCUCAAGUGCGCAUGAUCUCUGAUCUCAUUGCCUCCGGGAUACAGCCUCUACAGAAAAUUGGUGCAGAAAAGGUACAGUGGGCUCAACAUUUCAUCAACAAGGGAUUUAAUGCCCUCGAGUCCAUCCUGAAGCAGACAUCUGGAACAUACUGUGUUGGGAAUGAGGGUGAUGUAAAUGUGUCUGUGUAUGGUGCCCUGCAAUCAACUGGUGCGCCCCAUCCAGGCUGAACAAGAGAGAUAAAGUCUAGAUGUGAUUCUAGAUGUCACAUUUGCAAAUGGAGUAUGUUACUGUUGUCUUUCAACAUGAAGAUGUAUCGAGUCCAAAUUAAAGCAGACCAAAAGGUUUGGUACUGUUUCUAAAAUGAACUGAUGACCUUAAAUGUCUGAUAGACAACCAAAUCUCACAGAAAUAAAUGUUUAUGCAAAAACACCUUUUGACCUGAGCAGAUCUAGAAUACUUGCCAGGAUGUACGAGUAAAGAGAAAACCAUCACAAACCAUUGUUAAGCUUCAAGAACCAGGUUACAGUGUAGUAAUUUCUACUCUUGACCUAAAGCGCACUACUGCAUCUGUGUAACAUGGUCACAUGAUGAUGUAUGGCUGCCAGUGAAGUGGCUCACUUCUUUUCUUUACUGAUGACUGUAGAUGGCAGCAGCAAGAUGAAUUCUUACAUGCUAAGAUGCAACCAAAUGCCUCAAGACUCCUUUGCUUUUGCUUCACAUUACAGCAAGUUAAUGACCCCAAACACACUGUUAACUGUAGAGAGUACAAAAGAGGAAUAUUCUUGACUGGCUCAGCCUACUUGAAUAUUAGUGAGUAUUUGUUUCAUUUAGUAAAGCCAGGGGCUAAAAAUGGCUGGUAAAACUGGUCUUGCAAAACAGUGCCAUAAUUUAGUCCUGUCUGUUGGCUGCAGACUUCAGGCACUACAUGAUUGCAAGUUUUCAAAAAAUUUUCAAAAAAUCUGACUGUUUAACUGCCAAAUUAUUUUUGGUCACUUGAGAUUAGGAGAAAAAUAAAUCCCACCAGGCCACAAAAAAGCAAGCAUUCAAACGUGAACCUUGUGGGUUAGAAACGGUCCGUUCAUUAAUAUGGGAGCGUAGCGGGUGCUUAUCCGAUGCUGCAUUAUGCAUUUACAACAUUCAUUCAUUGAUCCUUAGUAACUGUUUUAUCCUGGUAGGCAUCACCAUCACUUAAAUUACUAGUCGGUUUUAUUUUUUUGAAUCGGAACCAGUUUGUUAGAAAAUAUCGUGAACAAAAAGAUGGCAGGAUAUAAAAACUGUCCUGUGUACAACUCUACAGAUAUUAGUACAGUCAUUCUGCACCUUAACUUCAUACCCAUUUUUGUGUAAAAUUCAAAGAACCAGAGAAUGGGACAAAGUUACAACAUACAGACUGUACUGUAUAUAUGUUGCAUGAAAGCAUAAGUUAAUAAAGAUACCUGAUAUGUUACAUUGAUUAAACAGUUGCAGAAUAAAGGAGUGAAAAUGUCCAUUUCUGUAUGCUUUAAAUUGAUUUUUUGU